AUGAUGGAGCUGGUGAAGGGGCUGCUAUGUGAGAACCAAGAUGCAGUCAGCUGUAAUGGCUAUAACAGCCAAUGGGCCAAAUGCUCACAUUUAAAUUUGGCUGAGCCAGAGCAAGUGACGGUGUUUUUAAUCAUAUCAGGCAGGAUGACUUCAGUUUGUGUGCUCACCCCCAAUGGAAGACGGCAAAAUGUAAAAGUGUCACCCAAUACAACUCUACUUCAGGUUCUGGAAGAGGUUUGCAACAAACAUGGGUUCAAGUCAGAUGACUAUGGAUUGAAGUUUCAGAGAAAUGUUCCAGACCUGUCUCUGCAAUGGCGCUUUUCAGGUCUGCCAAAUAAUGCCAAACUUGAAGUAGUGCCAAGCAACAGAUGCGCUGGAGGAGCAGAUAGCACAGUACAAAUUGCUGUGCAGCUUGAGGAUGGAAGCCGUCUCCAACAUGCAUUCUCUUCUCAGCAAAGCCUUUGGGACAUCCUCUCCCACUUCCCUGAAAUAAGACUCUCUGAUGAAGACAAUUCUCAGCCAACAUGUGUGUAUAUGAGAGAUGAGAUAUCUGGGAAAGAAGCGCUACAGAAUGCUACUCUGAAAUCUAUGGGCUUAAUUGGAGGCAGUGCCAUAGUCAGAUUCAUGUUGAAACGGACAAAAAUCCAGGAUGGGAUUUCCAAAGAGGCAGCAGCUGCUGUACCGACAAGCAGUGUUACCAUGGCUCCCUCAGAACACCUGUCCAAUGACCAUGUGCCCCAGCAGCCAUCAGAAAACAAUAUGUCUGUCGAUAAUAUGGCAGACAAGAGGACGUCCUCUCCCAUGUCUGUGGAAACAUGCAACGUUGGUCCUCCAGAGAACGCGACAACCCCAUGUCCCAAUGCCCUGACCUACAAGAAUGAAAUGUCAACAGGCUCACGAUCUCAGGAACCAAGAUCCACAAGUAACAUUCCAGAGGAGCAAAGAGAAGCAGAAUUAGAUGAGCACCAGAAUGCUCAACAACAAAUGGAGAAGCCUGGGUCCUCUGGAAGAUGUGACAUUUCAAGCCAAGAUUAUGCACACAGCACCUUUGUACCCUUCUCUGGGGGUGGGCAAUGUUUGGGCAGCAGCGCUGGAACCGGCAGCACAAGAUUCUCAUCUCCAGCCAUGGUGGGACCUCCCCAAGCCAAAAAACACAAGUCAAACUUUGAAAUAAAGGACGUGGACAGAAGAUCUACAGUAUAUCAUAUGGACACUGGUGAAAGUGUGGAUACCAAUCAGACGGACCUACCAGACGAGUUUUUCGAAGUUACUGUGGAUGAUGUACGGAAGCGUUUCGCCCAACUAAAGAGUCACAGAACAUUGCUGGAAGAAGCCCCUCUCAUGACUCAAGCCCUCAGGGAGGCGAAGGUGAAAGAGAAGAUGGAAAAGUACCCUUUAGUAGUUGUUAGAGUCCAGUUUCCAGACCGACAUGUAUUACAAGGAUUCUUUACCCCCAUGGAAACAGUCACUGCCUUGAGAGAGUUUGUGAAGGUGCAUCUGGAAGACCCACAUCUUCGCUUCUACCUCUUCAUUACUCCCCCAAAGUCCAUUUUGGAUGACUCAAAAACGCUUUUUCAGGCCAACCUCUUUCCUGCUGCUGUGGUUUACUUUGGCUCAGAGGUUAAAGCAGAAUCUUUCUUGCGAAGAGACGUUUUGGAGUCAAGCGUCAGCGCUCAGCAAGCAGAAGAAAUAAUUGUGGACUCUAUUACCAGAUCCCCAGUGUCGCCAUCUGCUGCGUCAUGUUCUUCUGAGGACUCCUCUCAAACGCCGGCAGUGUGCACAGCAUCAGUCCCCAAUCACGAGGUAGCAGAGGGGACCCAGCCUGCUCAGGCUCCAAAACCAGUCCGAACUGAUCCCAGCAAAGUCCCCAAAUGGCUGAAGUUGUCAGGGAAGAAAUGAAGAUCUUAAGCUGAGGGUGCCAAGUCUAUUGGGUGGUUGAAGAAUAGAUAAUUUUGAUGGAUAACAGGCUAUACAUUUAUAAUAUGUAAUAGAUAUAUAAUUACUAUUAUAGAUUUCUAUAAAUGUUGUGCCACACAUCCAGUUGUCCAGCCAAAUGAUGAUGAUGAUGAUGAUGAUGAUGAUGUACAAAUGUAUGAGUAUGACAAAUAAAAUAAAAAAAAAUGGGGAAACCGUUUCAUUCUG